AUGUCAAAGCCGUUAGUCUUGCUCACCGGUGGCACUGGUUUUGUUGGUCACGCAGUACUCGUGGACCUGCUGAAGAGCGGAUAUCGAGUUCGCCUGGCCGCAAGGUCAGUUGGCAAGAUGAACCACACUCUUACCAUUCCGUCUAUUAAGGCAGCCGUGGCUGCAGACAAGGAGGUCAUCUCAUUCAUCCUUGUGCCGGAUAUGUCCUCACCCGGUGCCUACGAUGAUGCGGUUCAAGGUGUCACGUAUAUUAUUCAUGUUGCGUCCCCUCUCCCAUCUUUUGCGGAGGGGAGAGUACUAUCAGCUGCCGAAGAAGAGCAGCGCAACAGCCACUUCGUUGCUCAGUCAAGACAGGCAGCUGUUAAUAUCCUUCAGUCUGCGAACAAAGAAGGCAAUGACAGCAUCCGGCGAAUUGUCAUGACGAGCUCCACAGUCGCCAUUGUUCCUUUCGAAGUAUUCCUCAACAAGGCCGAGGCUCUGGAACCAACAUAUGACGCAGAUAGUCGAGUUCCCGUGCCCAACCCGCCUUAUUCAAAUGAAAACCAGGCGUAUUGUGCCGGGAAGGUGGCUGCAUUGAACGAUGCGGAAGAGUUCAUGAGAUUACAGCAGCCCAAUUUUGACUUGAUCUCCAUCAAUCCUUCUUGGAUAUUCGGCUUUGAUGAACGCGCCGCCCGAUCCGAGAGCCUCCGUGACGGAGUAUCUAACUCCUUGCUGGCCGAUUUCCUUAUGGGAGCGAAGAAGGAGUACGGUUUUGCCGGGACCAGCGUGCUCUGCAGUGACGUCGCCAGAGCUCAUGUGAAAGCUUUGGAUCCUGCUGUCCAAGGUAACCAGUCAUUCAUCGUUAGCACUCCGAUGGAAUGGCAAGAUGCAAUCUCUAUUGCGAAAGAGCGCUAUCCACGGGCUUUUGACUCGGGGCUGUUCCGAGCUGACGGGGAACAACCCACCAUUCCAGUGAAAUUUGAUACGAGAAAGACACAAGACAUCCUCGGAAUUAACCUAGCAAAUUUUGAGAAGAUGGUUGACGAAGUAGCAGGUCAAUACGUCAAAUUGUCACAAGCAAGGAGGCAGUAA